GACUGGGCACUUCCUUUUGCUGAUCUUCAUUCACAGAACUUGGAGUCUGCCCUUACACACAAGUUCAGGGCCAUAUGCCCCUGUUUGCAAUGGAUGGACAAGUGGUAUAUGCUGACUUAAACCUAUCCAGGGGUUCUUGCCUUACAAGUUCAUCACCCCCAUCACUUCCUCAAGACAUCUGUCAAGGUUCAUCUUGGCAUCCGUUUGCUCUGAAACUUGGUUGUACUGCCAUUAUUGUUCUUACUUUGACUGUGAUUGGGUUGAGUGUUUCAGUGAUACUCUUAAGACGAAACUCAUCAAUAGAGGAAAGCCAAGUGGAUGUUCAAGAGAACAAGAAUGAAACAAAAGAGAAAUCAAACCUGUUAAAGUGCCCAGGAGAAUGGCAUCUACUCCAAGAAAAAUGCUUGUUUCUUUCCCGUGCUCCCAACACUUGGAAUGACAGUCUGAUUGAUUGUUCCACAAAAGAAUCCAGUUUGCUGCUUAUUCAAGAUCAGGAAGAAUUGAAACUCAUACAAAACUGGAUAAAUGAAAAGGGAAUGCUAUUUUGGAUUGGAUUAACAUUAUCAGAAAAGAAAUGGAAGUGGAUUAAUGGCUCAUUUUUAAAUUCAAAUGUAUUACAAAUUACUGGUUCUACUCAAGAAAGCAGCUGUGUUUUCAUCUCACAGACAGGAAUUGUUUCUGACUACUGUGACACAGAAAAUCGAUGGAUCUGCCAAAAAGAACUAAAACCUGUCAGAAAUAAAAAAGAGACCGCGAGAGAGGAAACACAAGCAGGGGAAGAGGGGAGAGAGAAGCAGGCUUCCUGCUGGGCAGAGAGCCAAAUGCAGGGCUCUAUCCCAGGACGCUGGGAUCAUGACCUGAGCCAAAGGCAGACACUCAACCGAUUGAGCCACCCAGGUGCCCCGAAAUGUAUCAUUUUUAAGAUACAGUGAUUUUCUAUGGAAAGAAGCCCAGAACAACUGAGAGAAAUGGUUUCCAGUCCUGACAUAUAUGUGUGUCCUUCAUCAAUUUCCUCUACGCCUUAGCUCACCUCUUGAAUAGUUUUAGUAAAAGAUUACUAAAGUCCUGUGACUAUUUCAUAGCCAAUGAUUUUUCAUAUCAUUACACAACUGGAUUGUGGCAGAACAUUGACUUAAGUCCAUUCUGUUGACUCUGAUAGAAUCUCAUAACCAAAGAAUCUCAGAAAGGGAUCUACACUCUUCCCGCCCUUCCAAUGUUCUUCACAUUUUUUUUCUCAUUACUUCUGUUUUCCAUGUCUCCUUUCUAUGGCUCACAUUCAUGCUGCAAGAAAUAUGCAAUUAAAUUUUCCAUUAUUUAAUGGAAAAUAAGUGUUUUUUUCAACAAAAGGGAAAUGUUUAUUCAGAUAAAUUACAUGAGUGUUAACUUUUUUUUUAAAACAUGCCACAUCUUCUAUGGAGAUCAAAUAAAUAAUAAUACUGGAGACUUAUAAUAAAAUUUCUGGAAAAUAGAUAUACACUUACUCUAAUCAUUCAAUGCCAAUUUGAAUUAUAUAAAUUCUAGUACAUACUAUGAUGACCAAAAUAACAUUUCACUUUCUGUUUUCCAUAAUGAUUUAUAAUACUUGUUAAUAUACAAUUUUGAAUAUGUCAAAAACCCAAAGUAUAAUUCAUUUAUGUAAGUUAGGAAAGAAAUUACUUAGACUUUGAAGUGUUUGUCACUUUUGAAGAAGAGACCUGUAAAGAACAGAAACCUGAAAAAAAAAAUGUGUUUCUGUAAUUGACAAUGUAGAUGUCCAUCCCUUGAAAUGAUGUUCAGUGCAACUUUCUUUUUUUUUUAAGAUUUUAUUUAUUAUUUGACAGAGAGAGACACAGCAGAGAGAGGAAACAUAAGCAGGGGGAAUCGGGGAGGGAGAAGCAGGCUUCCCACCUAGCAGGCAGCCUGAUGCCCAGCUUGAUCCCAGGACCCUAGGAUCCCAGAAACCUAGGAUCAUGACCUGAGCCGAAGGCAGACACUUAACAACUGAGCCACCCAGGCACCCCUCAGUGUAACUUUCCAAAGAGAAUCAGGGUACGGUGCUCUAAAACCAUCCAGUUAAUCUAGAAUUCAUUCCAAACAUGGAUCUAUUCCUUCUCUUACACUUGUUAGAUCCCAAAUGAAGUGUUCUUAAUGGACACAUCUGUAAGAAAGUUUUACAAUGAAACUUACUCCAAAAAGUUAGUUUCUGUCACCAGGAUUUUCUAUUGCAGUAUCAGAUGAUCAAUUAAAUUUAUCAUUGGAUAGGAUACCAGAGAUCAUCUCUGAGACAGGAACUAGGAAGGUGCAGCUCCCUGAGGAAAGCAUGUCUAACCAUAUUCCAAGCACAUUAAAAAAUAUUAGAUCUACUAUGGUGAGUGUUAUGAAUUGUGUAAGACUGAUGAAUCACAGACCUGUACCUCUGAAACAAAUAACACAUUAUAUGUUAAUCUAAGAAAAUUUUUUUAAAAAAUUAGAUCUAAGAAACAAUUCUGGUUACAGUACUUGAGUCAGUGUUUACUGACAUAAACUAAGUGCUACUUUAAAAUAUGUACCAAAUACUUGGUACAUCAUUUAAGAUCUACCAUCUACACUUCUGCUAUGUGGCCCAUAAGCUCUGUGUGCAGGCUCCUUACCGAUCUCCAAAUCCUUCCUGAUGUUGUAUGAUUUCAAAGUAUAAUACGUGUUGUCCCAUGAGUGUGAGGUCCUCUUUUCACACAUCUUCAUGCUUGGACUAGAAAAACCAGAGUAGUUGCGGAUGGCUUAAAUCAAAUGUUAAUUCCUUUCUGGAUGUUUCUUCAAACUUCUCUGUCUCCCCCAAUUUGUAAUUUAUUUCUCUUUACUUUUCCAAAAUACAAGUACAUUUCUUCUUUGCUAUAUUAUAAGAAUUGCUUUUAUGUUUCUGAGGCUGGUUCCACAGCUCUCCUGGCUAACGCUGCACAAGUACCAAGACAGAACAAUGAAAAGAAGAAAAGGAAAUCCCUGACUUGUUUUAAUAUCGUGAGCUAAGCUGACACAGUGUAGUCUAUUCAUGUCACAGUAGAUGGACCUUGAGGCUGGACCAGUGAGAUUCCUUCUCUUUAUUUUCCCCACCAUGACUUGGAGAUUUGAAGACCGUUUUUGGAGAUUUGCUUCCGUUUUACUUCCUGUCCACUCAUUUCACAGCCUGCUGCUAUUGGGGCAGUGCAUGGUAAAAAGUAGUUUUCGUGGUAUCUUAUAAGCCUGAUGAAUCACAGGCCUGUACCUCUGAAACCAAUCAUACAUUAUAUGUUAAUUAAUUGAAUUUAAAUUUUGAAAAAAAUUUUAAGUGGUUCUAGCGGAAAAACCCUUAUGUUGGAAAAAAAACUAAAAAUAAGAUAUUCUUGAUACAUUAGCUUCGCUUUUUUAAAAGUCAUUGCCCAGAUGUGUAGGCAGCCAGGCCCGAGAUUCUUUUGCUUUGCAAGUAACUGGCUCUUGCACUUCGCUUGUUUGCCGUGGACUCCAUCCUGCCACCUUGUGGACUUAAUUGGUUUGGGUUGUGGUUUCCUGGCUGAGCUUGUUCUGCUCCAACCAAGAAAAAGUAGAACAAAGGAAAAACAAAAACAA